UUUUUUUGCCUAGCGUGCCUUAAAAAAAAGGCUUUGUUUUGAUAUCCACCUUCUACCAAAGAACCUUACAUAUACAUCAAAAUGGCUCAGAGAGUUACUUACAGAAGAAGAAACCCAUACAACACCAAGUCUAACCAGAUCAAGGUUGUUAAGACUCCAGGUGGCAAGUUGGUCGCUCAACACGUCAAGAAGUCUGGUUCCCGCGUCAAGUGUGGUGACUGUGGUUUGGCUUUGGCCGGUAUCUCGUCUUUGAGACCAAGAGAGUACGCUCAGGUCUCUAAGACCCACAAGACCGUCUCCAGAUCUUACGGUGGUUCCAGAUGUGCCACCUGUGUCAAGGAAAGAAUCGUCAGAGCUUUCUUGAUCGAGGAACAGAAGAUUGUCAAGAGAGUCUUGAAGGAUGCCGCUGAGAAGGAAAAGAAGGCCGAGAAGAAGACUGCCAAGAAGUCCACCAAAUAAAUUAUCCAACCCCCUGUAUAAUUUGCAAUGACAACGUUAAAUCUUUGAAAUCGUUAACUCGUGAUAUCUGUAUCUGCCCCUUGUAUGUUUGAUAAUGUACUGUGUUGUUAGCUGCUGUUUAAUCCUGUUGAUGGGUUGUUUAGUUUAACGACGGCUGAUACCGUUUCCGCCUCGCCUCCCCUUUGAGGGGUAGUCGGGACAGUUAGACUUGUCUCCUAACUUUUUUUUUUCUGGGUGUUAGUGGUUUAAAUAAAAAGUC